AUGUCUUCUAAAAAACCACCUGUUAUUAACAAAUUUGGAGUAAUAUCUUCUUCUCAUUAUGAAAAACUCUUGAAGUGGAAUGGUCAAAGUUCAAGUAAAUCAAGAAGUAACAAAUCAAAACCAUUAUUUUCAGUCACAAAAGGAUUCAUCUUGAAAUUCAACUGUACACAGGACCUAGGAGAGAAGGAACAUUUAAAGGAACAAAUUAGAAAAAUUAUUCUUAGAUGUAAGAGAAGACUGGGUCUCAAAACCUUAGGCUCUGGGAAGCAUGUAUAUAUCCCUAUUGGCUGGAUUGAAGCAACGUAUCUGGCUCAAUGCAAGGGAGACAUCCAAGAAGAAGCUUUAAAUAUGCUGUAUGCUUCCCUGGACCAUGCUUCCUUUGAUUAUGAUCAGCUGCCUGCCUUAUUUUUUGUGGCAGAAUCAGUUUUAUAUAGACUCUGUUGUGAUGCAUUCCUAACAACAUACUUAUAUUCAGUUGAAAUGAAGCUGGCAAAGAUUGCCUAUUUGGUCUUCUUACGACUUUUUAUAUUUUUCCUACAUGGUCACCUAGGAGGUUUUAAAGUACAUUUGCUUAGACUUCAACCAUAUUUACACGCGCUUUCUUUAUCUGAAGACACAUAUUACAAGUAUCCAAAUAUCUUUUCAAAUGUGACAUUCAUCCUGAAAGCCUCGGAAGUUAUAUAUGAAAGAGUACUACUCUCUGAAUCAACUUUUAACCCUAAUGGAAGGACAGAAGGUUUUGACAAUGUGUAUUCUGGUAUGAAGGGAGGAUAUGAAGUUAACCACCUGCUCUGGCACUGUGUGGCUGCUUGGUCUUGUGUUCAGAAUAAUAGUCCUAAAUUGAACAAUGUGCUUGAACAUCUCAACUUCCAUAAAACACAGCUUCAAAAGAAAUGUUGGUUGGACUCAGCAUUGGCUUUGUUGGUCCUUGGGGAGGCUGCCAAAUUAAACAUGGCCUGCUUGAAAACUUUAAUGGAUCUAGUAAGAGAUUUUAUUUCAAGUAUAAUGUCUGCUCAGAAUCAGGAAGAAGGCUACAAAGGCAAUGAUUUUUCCUGGGCCUGGAACAUAGUCUACACAUAUGUAACAAUUAUUGCAGAAAUCUGCUUAUAUGCAGCCACUUCUAGAUUGCGUAAAACUGUUUUCCUUGGUUUCUGUGGCUGUAAAAGUUCACACAAAAAUAUUUUAGCCAUAGACAUCAAAUCAGAAGAUGAGCCAAUAUUAAAGGAAGCAAGUAUUUUAGGUCUUUUGAAAUAUUUCUCUUCAAAAAUAUCAGAAAACUGUAAUCAACUGAUCUGGACUGGAUACUAUGGAUUAGUGUAUAACCUGGUGAGAAUGUCCUGGGAACUCCAAGGAGAUGAGGAACAGGAUGGACUUAGGAACAUAAUUUGGCAAACAUUACAAAAAACAAAGCAUUGUGAGAAAGAUGAACGAAUUCAUAUUGCAACGAAAAUAGCUCAGGCUGAGUUAAAUGAUUCAACUGAUCCUUUCAUUAGUUAUAGUACAAAAGUUCCACCAAAUGUAGAAGAAGCAGCUUUAUCCAAAUAUAUAGGAUGGAGAAUUGCCAAUGCACUUUCCAAACUGUUCUUUCCCUCCAUUGAUGCCCAUGCUCUUCCUUUGAAGAAACCAUCAAUAAAACGAGUUCAAAUGAAAUAUCCAAAGAAAAAGGAGAAUCCCAUGAAGAAGAGAGUUCUACGUUUCACUGUAAGGGAACAUCCUUCUAAGUCAGAGCUCCCCAUGCUUCCAAAUCCAGAUCUGUUUACCAGGAUGGAUGAAGAGUUGGCAAGAAUUGUUGACCAUCAUUGGCAAGAAGAGCUAAAGAUCCGACAGAAGGAAGAUGCCAUAUGUGAGGCCGAAGAACUUAAACAGAAAGAGUUGAAAGAGAAAAAUCACUUCAGAGAAAUUAUGAAGAAACGGGAAGAGAAACUACAUAAGCAAACAAAACCCUAUGAGCUUCCUCCAAGAACUGAAAUAAUUUCAUUAGAAAACAAAACAAGACCCAGAGAAACUGAGGCCCACAUGCCAGAAGUUCAUUGCAAGAAAAAUACUGACGUUAUUACAUAUUAG